CCCUCCCCUUGGCUCUGCUCCCGGCUGCAGACAGGGAUGGGAACAAGGACAAAGACGGACAUGGCUGCCCCCAGCCAGCCCCACCAGGCCACCUACGACACCAUCGUCAUCGGGGCCGGCAUCCAGGGCUCCUUCACCGCCUAUCACCUGGCCCAGCGCCACAGGGACACCCUCCUGCUGGAGCAGUUCAUCCUGCCCCACUCUCGAGGCAGCUCGCAUGGGCAGAGCCGCAUCACCCGCAGCGCCUACCCCCGGGUGCCCUAUGCCCGCAUGAUGCCCGACAGCUUCCGCCUCUGGAAGCAGCUGGAGGACGAGGCCGGCACCAGCCUGUACAGGCGGACAGGGCUGGUGGUGCUGGGGCCGGCGGGUGACCCGGAGCUGGAGGGCUGCCGCCAGAGCCUGGGGGACAACCGCGUCCUUGAUGCCGUGGAGCUGGCCCAGCACUUCCCUGGCCUCCGGCUGCACGCUGGAGAGGUGGCCCUGUGGGACAGCACUGGUGGGGUGCUGUUCGCUGACCGGGCGCUGUGGGCAGUGCAGGAUGCCUUCCGCCGGCACGGGGGCACCCUGCAGGAUGGGGAGCAGGUGCUGCACAUUGAGCCUGGGGCCGUGCUCACCAUCACCACCACCGCCGGCGUGUACCGAGCGCCCCGGCUCAUCAUCACCGCCGGAGCCUGGACCCGUGCCCUCCUGGCACCGCUGGGUCUUCACCUCCCGCUGCAGGUUUGCUACCACCACGGCAGCCCCACGGACCCCGAUGAGAGGGACCGGGUGCCCCCGGGUACCCCCCGUCCCGAUGUCACCCUCCUGAGCAGCUUCAUCAGCAGCUACCUGCCCGGCCUGGAGCCCUCGCCAGCCGUGGUGGAGACCUGCCUCUACACGAACACCCCGGAUGGAGACUUCAUCCUGGACCGGCAUCCCAAGUACAGCAACAUCAUCAUUGGGGCUGGCUUCUCGGGCCAUGGGUUCAAGCUGGCACCAGUGGUGGGGAAGCUGCUGUGUGAGUUGAGCCUGGGUGAGGAGCCAUCCCAUAGCACUGCUCCCUUUGCCAUCACCCGCUUCCCUGGAGUGGUUCGGGCUGCACUGUAGGUGAGAGGCCGUGGCUGUGCCCACACUGACCUGCAGCUGUGUUCCUGCAUCCCAGCAUCCUUACAUCCCGGCAUGCUAGCAUCCCCGCGCAUCCCCACAUAUCCCCAUAUCCCUGCAUCCCGGUGUCCCAGAAUGCUGCACCUCAGCACCCUUCCACCCCACACCCCAGCUACCCUGCAUCCACACAUCCCCAUACUCCACCAUCCCAUCACCCAGCAUCCUGGCACCCCUCCACCCCACCUCCCAGCACCCCUGCAUCUCUCUAUCACAGCAUCCUGGUCCCUGCCUCCUCAGAUCCCAGCAUUCCUACCUCCCCCCAUCUCAGUAGCCCUCCAUCUUGCACCCCUGCAUACCCAUAGCACAACAUCCUGCCACCCUACAUCCCCAGAA